AUGCGAGAAGCUAUUCCUGGACCCUUCCUCAUCAAUGUUAUAAUUGAGAUCCUACCCUCUAGCGAUCUUGGUGAAAAAUCCAAGUUUGGUGGCUUUCUUGCAAAUCAGAAAGAACCGGGAAAAGAACAUCAUAACUCGGAAAGUACACGGCUUGGCGACUAUCCAUCUCCUUGCCUACCAACAGCAACGAUUCCAAAAUAUUAUACCUUUCUGGACUCCAAACCUGUACCUUCCUCAGAAAAACUAGACCGCAAGUCUCUACGCCAUCUUCCCGCCACCCUCACCUCUCAGCAACUAGGUAUCUCGCUAGAUGAGAUUUCCGAGAACCUUCCACCUCCCUCCACCAACGAAAAAGUACACGAAGCAUUUCUCGAUACGAGUGAGGAGAGUACAGUAGUUAAUGAUAAUUUCUAUCAUCGUGGCGAAGAUUCGAUUUCUACCAUCAAAAUACUCGCUGCGGCUCAAAGAAUAAACCUUCAGCUCAGGGUUGCGCAAAUAUUCGAUUAUCGAUAUCUCCUCCUUACUAACUUAACUUUAACCACAGCCAUCGAAAGCAUUCCUGAGGCUCCGUAA